CCGGCGGUCCCACUCGGUGUCGCCGCGGCGGUCGGACGCGCCGCCACCAAGGCGGCGGAGCGAGGGGAGCGGCGGGCCGGUGGGGCGGCCGGGGUCGGCCGCUUUGGGGAACUCGUCGAGGCUGCAGCGAGAGAGCCGGGAGCCGGGCGAUACCCCGAAGGGAGGAAGGCACGGGGAGUCGCCGGCCGGCACCGGGCUGUCGGAAAGGCAGUACCUGAACAUAUUGCAGUCGAUGGGGCAGUCGGUGCAUAUCUUCAAUCUUGAAGGCCGGAUAAUCUACUGGAACCGGUCUGCUGAACAUCUUUAUGGUUAUCCUGUAUCGGAAGCCAUUGGUCAGGAUGCCAUUGAGCUACUGGUUGAUGCCCGUGAUUUCAACAUUGCGAGCGACAUAAUCCAACGUAUAACCAGGGGGGAGAGUUGGAGAGGGAAAUUUCCUGUCAAGAACAAGUUUGGAGAGCGAUUUUUAGCUAUUGCUACAAACACUCCUUUUUAUGAUGAUGAUGGUAGUUUGGUUGGCAUCAUUUGCGUGUCAACUGAUUCACGGUGCUUUCAGGAGAUGGCAUCCUUUCCAAGCUGUACAAAGCCCCAGUCAAGUGUCUGCAGCGCUCCCACUUGGCCUAGAAUCAGUUUAACAAGUAAAGGCAAUUCUGAUUCUCAGCAACCUCUUCAAGUUGCUAUUGCGUCCAAAAUAACCAAUCUGUGUAUUCUUUCUUAUCUUUUUAGAAUCACCAAACAGGCUACUAAGGUUACAAACAAAGUUCGUUCUCGGAUAAGGACGGGUGAAAACAAUAUGGAACGUGAAGGUGGGAGUGGAGAUAGCCAAUAUUCCGACCAUGAUGCUGUUUCCUCAGAUCACAAGGAGGAUCCUACUUCAAGUGGAGCUAGCACACCAAGAGGUGACAUACCACCUUGUGCCUUUAGUAUGUCCUCUUCUGCAGCCACAGAGGAAAAAUCUCCAGGAAAAGCAUCUAAAGGUAAUAAUGAAGAGGUUGAAGGAAAGGCAGGGAUCCACAAGAUCAUAAGCUCAAAAGCAGAGGCAUUAUUAGCUAAGAAGGGGAUAUCAUGGCCUUGGAAAGGGAAUGAGCAUGAUGGUGCAGAUGUGAAGAAUCGCUUUGUCUGGCCAUGGGUGCACAGUGAUCAGGAAAAUGACUUGACUCAUCAAAAGACUCCUGAAUCUAGUGGAAAGCCAGAAAGCCAAGUGACCGAAAACAACCGAACUGGAAAUAAUGAGGCUUCGGGAUCCUGGUCCUCUUUAAAUGCUAACAGUAUGAGUAGUGUUAGCAGUAAUGGAAGCACCAGUAGCAGCACUGUUCACAAAGUGGAUAUGGAUAAUGACUGCUUAGACUAUGAGAUUUUAUGGGAAGACCUUAUAAUUGGAGAACAAAUAGGUCAAGGUUCUUGUGGAACUGUAUAUCAUGCUCUGUGGUAUGGCUCGGAUGUGGCAGUCAAAGUAUUCUCAAAGCAGGAAUAUUCUGAUGAAGUCAUACUUUCCUUCAGACAGGAGGUGUCGCUUAUGAAGAGGCUAAGGCAUCCAAAUAUACUACUCUUUAUGGGUGCGGUUACUUCUCCUCAGAGACUUUGCAUUGUGACAGAGUUCCUUCCACGUGGGAGUUUAUUUCGGUUGCUUCAAAGAAACACCACGAGAUUGGAUUGGAGACGGCGCAUUCACAUGGCUUUAGAUAUUGCAAGGGGCAUGAAUUAUCUUCAUCAUUGCAACCCGCCAAUCAUUCAUCGUGACCUGAAGUCAUCAAAUCUAUUAGUUGAUAAGAACUGGACUGUCAAGGUUGGGGAUUUUGGUCUUUCACGGCUGAAGUAUGAGACAUAUCUGACAACAAAAACUGGGAAAGGAACGCCACAAUGGAUGGCUCCAGAAGUUCUGCGAAAUGAGCCUUCAGAUGAAAAGUCUGAUGUGUAUAGCUAUGGGGUAAUACUGUGGGAACUUGUGACUGAGAAGAUCCCUUGGGAUAAUCUCAAUUCAAUGCAGGUCAUUGGAGCUGUAGGUUUUAUGAACCAGAGAUUGGAGCUCCCGAAAGACCUGGAUUCACAAUGGGGAUCAAUUAUUGAGAGUUGUUGGCAGAGUGAACCGCGUUUACGGCCAAGUUUCCAGGAGCUUGUAGAAAGAUUUAAAGAUUUGCAGAGGCAGCAUGUUGCUCAAUCUCAAGUGCAACGCUAUGUACCUACCGACACUUCCCGGAGUAACGCAAAAGUGAGUGCUCAGGAAUAAGGUUAUCAAACUCAAAGAUUUAUGUGCCGGUCUUGUGCAUCAGACAUGAUUCCAAUGAGAAGCAUCAUCAUUCAUUCUACAUCGGAUACAGCAAUGAUGAGCUACAGAUCCAACGAGUGCCGCAGGACCAUGUGUCUUCAUCAGUGGGCACAGCUCAGCUGUAUGCAUUCCAAUCAACGAGGCAUGCAGCUCUGUGACUGAAAACCUGUCGUGCCAAUGUGCCUCUUUUUUGCCGAAAGUUAAUGAGCUAAAUUGUACAAUUGCCUUGCAUCAUCCACAAGUGAAGCAUUUUUAUCUUAUCGGUUGUAUAAAUUGUGCCUUAGGCUAGUGAGGUCUGGUGGUUGGGCUGCUUGAAUCAAGCAAAUGCCAUUGGAUGUUUGCUAACCUCUUCUAGUUGUAAAGAAGAUUUGAUAGAGCCCUGCUAAAAUAUUGUAUUACAACAGAGUGCAAGCAUUAUACUGUUUUAUUUUCCUUUUUCCAA